AUGCUCCCGCAGCUCUGGGCUUGGUGGCUUUUCCCGCUGUUCCUGGCCCGCCGCGCCCAGCCGACCCAGCAGGUGAAGGUGAGUAUGGAUUGCUACAAAGGGGUGACAGGCACCAUCUAUGAGUACGGAGCCCUCACCCUCAAUGAAGAGGAGUACAUUCAGUUCAAGCGGUAUGCGGGCAAGCACGUCCUCUUUGUCAACGUGGCCACCUACUGAGGCCUGACAGCUCAGUAUCCUGAACUGAAUGCAUUGCAGGACGAGCUGAAGCCUUCUGGUGUCGUCGUGCUGGGCUUUCCCUGCAACCAGUUUGGAAAACAAGAACCGGGGAAGAACUCAGAGAUCCUUUCUGGGCUCAAGCAUGUGCGUCCAGGUGGUGGCUUUGUCCCCAAUUUUCAGCUCUUUGAGAAAGGGGAUGUGAAUGGAGAAAAAGAACAGAAGGUCUUUACCUUCCUGAAGAACUCCUGCCCUCCAACCUCUGAUCUUUUGGGCUCAGCAAGCCAACUCUUCUGGGAGCCCAUGAAGGUCCAUGACAUCCGUUGGAACUUUGAGAAGUUCCUGGUGGGGCCUGAUGGAGUCCCUGUCAUGCGCUGGUUCCACAAGGCUCCCGUCAGCACGGUCAAGUCAGACAUCCUGGAGUACCUGAAACAGUUCAAAACCGAGUAGAAAGGGCCAGAGACCGUCAGAAGUGGCUACCUGCCUCCCACCUAAAGAACAUGCUUAACACUGGAUCCAUCUUUGCUCCACGUUCCUUCCCACCCAGUGUCCCUAUAACCAAACCAUCCUGUAUCACCCAAGUGUGUACAUACAUUCAUGAGUGUGUUUGAAAACAAGGGAAAGAACACCUUUGUCCCCAACUCUCUGCUCCCAAAAUUUCAAGUUUUUUCCACUCCAUCCCAAAGGAAAUAAAUGAUUCAGACGACCCAAUGUCCCUAAAAAGGCAGUGCCCAGAAGUUCUGACCUCUGUCCUUUCUCCAUCCUGAAGGUUUAAAGAAGCAGAAACUGGACGACUCUCAAGAUCCCCUUUGUAGCCUUUCUCUCUUCCAAGAUAAACCUGCGUUGUUAAGCUCUUCCUCUCCCAAAUGCAAUCUUCGCUCCCCCUGACGCCCUGUAGUUCUCUUUCUUACAGGAUCUCUGAAGGCUGACCUCACAUGAAAGGAGGGGCAUCUCCAUGAUGGUGGGUCCC